AUGCCCUCCCCCCUCCGCACAGCGGCCGCAGCCGCCCGCUACGGGCCUUCCACAACCCGCCACGCCCUGCGCCGCCUCUACUCCUCCACCAGUCACUCCGCCGCAACGCCGGCAACUUCUCCCUUCGCACCGCGGCACCUGCUCUCCAUCGCCGACCUGACCCCAACCGAAUUCGCAACCCUCGUCCGCAAUGCCUCCUCCCACAAGCGGGCCAUCAAAUCCGGCUCCAUCCCCCAAUCCCUCCACGGCGCCCUCUCCGGCAAGACCGUCGCCAUGAUGUUCAGCAAGCGCAGCACCCGCACCCGCAUUUCCACCGAAGGCGCCGUCGUCCAAAUGGGCGGCCACCCCAUGUUCCUCGGCAAGGACGACAUCCAGCUGGGAGUCAAUGAAUCCCUCUACGACACUGCCGUGGUCGUCUCCUCCAUGGUGGAAUGUAUCGUUGCCCGCGUGGGCAAGCACGCUGACGUCGCCGACCUCGCCAAGCACUCUACUAAGCCGGUUAUCAAUGCCCUGUGUGACUCGUAUCACCCGUUGCAGGCUAUUGCGGAUUUUCAGACUAUUAGUGAGCAUUUCGCUGCCUCGGGCAAGGGGAAGUUGGAGGGUUUGGGGCUGAAUGGGUUGAAAAUCGCUUGGGUGGGCGAUGCGAAUAACGUGCUUUUCGAUAUGGCGAUCAGUGCGAGGAAAAUGGGCGUUGAUGUUGCUGUUGCUACGCCGAAGGGGUAUGAGAUCCCCAAGGAGAUGUUGGAGAUUAUUGAGAAGGCUGGCGAGGGGGUUAAGAGUCCUGGAAAGCUGGUGCAGACCAAUGUUCCUGAGGAGGCGGUGAAGGGGGCCGAUGUGUUGGUUACUGAUACUUGGGUUUCGAUGGGCCAGGAGGAGGAGGCCGCUAAGCGGUUGAGGGAUUUCGCUGGAUUCCAGAUUACGAGUGAGUUGGCGAAGAGGGGUGGGGCGAAGGAGGGGUGGAGGUUCAUGCACUGUCUUCCUAGGCACCCGGAGGAGGUUGCUGAUGAGGUGUUCUAUGGACAUCGGUCGUUGGUGUUCCCUGAGGCGGAGAAUCGUCUGUGGGCUGCCAUUUCGGCGUUGGAGGGAUUUGUCGUCAAUAAGGGCAAGAUUGAGUAA